GGGCGCACAUGGACGUACCGGUGUAACAGUUUCCUUCAGGGUAUAACUGUUCCUUCAUAGUACAAAAAUGAAACUGAAGGCCAAGGCAGGCAAAGAAAAAUUCAGUGGAAAUAAAAAGCAACGGAAAAAGGACCAGAAAGGAAAAAGUAAAGGAGUGAACAAGAGAAAGCAAGAUGAGAUUGCUAACAUGUCAGUGGAUGAUAUGUUCACAAUGAUACAAGAAGAUGACAGUGCUUUAGAUGAUGGCAUCUCUACAGAAAAGAAGAAAAAGGGUGUGUCUGUCACAAAGAAGAAUAAAGGUUCCAAGUUGAAAAAGGCUAAACCAGACAAUGAAGAAGAUUCAGAUGAUUUUUCUGAUGAUGAGGAGAUGGCUGAAGCAUCCAACUUAAGCCAAAAAGAGUAUCUGGAGAAACUGAAGGAUGCUGACCCAGAAUUUUAUGCCGCAAUGAUGCAGUCUUCGGAACUGAUGGACUUGAAGAGUUCUGAUGAAGAGGAUGAGGAUGAAACAGAAGACAAAGAAGGCCAGAAUCCUGAAAGUUCGCCUCAGGGGUCUGAGGAGGAGGGGGACAGUGAUGACUCUGACCUCGAGAUUGACGACGUGAAGGGUCUAGGUGGCAACAUCACUGCACAGAUGAUUCAAGAUUGGGAAGAGGAGCUGAAGGGUGAGAGUCCAAUGCCAGCUUUUUUGGAAGUGCAGCAAGCAUUCUUGGCAGCAAUUGAGAGUUUGUCUGGCGGGAAGAAAGGUUAUGUAGAGAAAACAAGCAAAUACGUGGUGAAAGGAUCUCAGAAUUUCAAUGCUGUUGUGAGACUGUGUUUGAAAAAUAUGGCCUUUGCAUUGAGAACUGUCUUCAAGCUUAAGGAUAAAAGUCAGUUGCCCACAGCAUCUAAACGAUGGAGUAAAUAUAAGAAUAGUAUCAAGCCGUAUCUUCGACAAAUGAUUGCAUUGACCGAGGUAGUUGCCGAACCCAGUGUGGCUGAAGCAGUCCUGAGGAAUGGAGUGCUCCCUCUUAUACCUUUCUAUGCAGGACACAAGAGCAUGAGCAGACUGCUUGCAAGAAGACUCAUUGUCAUGUGGGCUACAAGCGAUAAAAAAGUUAGAGUUUUGGCUUUUAUGGCCAUGUUCAGGCUGACUCAGAUCCUACACGGCGAAUUUUUGGAAUGGAUGCUCAAGAAAAUGUACAUAGCAUAUGUGCAAAACUGUCGUUUCACUUCACCAUCUACUUGGGGCCUUAUUGAUUUCAUGCGUGUAUCUUUGGUCGAAUUAUACAUGUUGGAUUUUGCACGUGCUUAUAGGCAUGCGUUUAUUAUCCGUAGAUGGCUAUUACACCUUCGGAAUGCUAUUAUACUUCCUAAGAAGGAACGUGUGCAGCUUGUUUAUAACUGGCAGUAUAUUCACUGUUUAAACCUGUGGUGUGAUCUUUUGGGGAAAACUCAUCCAAAUGCCAUACUUCAGCCUAUGAUCUUUCCAGUCACACAGGUUGCCAUUGGUACCAUGAAGCUGCAGCCGACACCAACAUUCUUCCCUCUAGCUUUCCACAUAUGUAGAAUCUUGACGGAAUUAUCCAGAAAGACUGGCACCUUCAUACCUGUACUGCCAUUCUUAUUAGAGGUUCUUAAUAAAGCAAUUUACUUCAAACAACCAAAAAAGACAUCUGUGAGACCAUUCAACUGGAUGUGCAUUCUUAGGCUAGCAAGAGGAGAGUUGAAAGAGUCCGCUUUUAAAGAUGGAGUUGUUGAUCAAGUGUAUGAUGGUAUGGUCAACUAUUUGAGUGUGGUGAGCUCAUCAAUAGGCUUCCCAGAUUUUGUUGUACCAACAGUUUUGCAACUGAAAACCUUUGUGAAGAAAUGUAAAUCUCCAAACUACUGUAAGAAGUUCAAGCAGCUCCUGGACAAGAUACGUGAGAACAGUGAUUUUAUCGAAGAUCGAAGGAAAGAUGUCACAUUUGGCAUAGCAGAUCUUGAAGCGGUCAAAAACUGGGAGGUUUCAGUUAAACAAACUGGCACCCCACUCAAUAAAUACUAUGAGAGUUGGCGCAAAAUACGAGAGAAGGAAUUCCAGCAGCAAAUAGCAGAUUCAGUCAGUGUCCCUGAUUUUGAUUUACCAUCGGUGAAAAAACGUAAACUUGAAGAAAGCGAUGAUACGUCUGCAUCAGAUGAAGAGGAUGAAGAGGAUACAGAAAUAAGACCAGCAGAUGACAAUGUGGAAGGCAGUGAAGAUGAAAAUAAGGAAGUUAGUGGCGGUGAUGAGAAAAUAAAUGGUCCACCAGAGAAAAAGCCGAAAGUGGAAGAAGCGGACAGCCUCCUUGAUGAACUGGCAGCUCCUGUCAAGGGUGGCAAGGAUGUCGUUAAAGAGUUCCAGUUUUCAGAUGACGAUGAACCACUCGAUGAUGAUUAUGAUCUGGAGAGUGAUGAGGACAGUUAAUUUUUGAAAAUGCUUGUGUUGUAUGCUCUAUGGAAAUGGAUAUUGUAAGAUGAUCAUAACAUUAAAAGUACUGUACCUGUUCCA